UUGUGUGAAUUCUUCAUAUCUUUAUGUUUAGCAGGCUUGUUUUAAUAAAACUCUUAUUUCCUCUAAAUGUAGACUGGAAAUGUGUCUUCAAAACUCAUCACAGCUACUCCAUCAGUCCACUGCCUAAUUAUUUUACACUUUGCAAUGAGCUGUUUUUUUCUUAUUGAAGGGUAAAACCAGAGGAUGAUGAGUUUCCUUGUUUUACUCCACUUCUUACAUUAACAGAUGUUUUAUGUAACUUUAUAUUUAGUAUCACAAGAUCCAGACUCUUCACAGAUAUUUUUUUUAGGAGAUAUACUUUUAAACAACAGUAUAGUGUAUAAAUAUCCCAGAAAAACUGAAUCAACAGUAAACAAUGAAAGGCUUCUGAAACACCAAAAUGCAUUUAGUGCAGCAGGAUGACAUUAAAGCCAUAAUCAGAUUUAAAUUAUACACUGAACCAGAGCAAGUUGUCUUUUAUGAUUUCGUUAUUAGUCUAUACUGUGUAAAACAAUGUAUGGGAGAUGUUUUCUAUUAGAUCAUUUGAAUAAAAGCAGCCCUGCCUUCUAGCUUGUUCUAACCGUCAUUUUUAUUUUCCUGUCGUGGUUUUUAGUGGCUAUUUUUUUACUCUGAGGUGACAGUUUCAACUCUGCGUGCAUGAAAGUGUGUCAUAGAAACAAGAUCUGCAAAUUUGAACAGUUUGAUUAAUGGCUGCCAAUGUUAAUAAAAUGCUAAUUUAGCUAUUGAAACAUUAAGUCUAACUUCUGACUUACGAUGUCUGGAUGUUUCAUUUAUAUUUGGCUGUGUUUCUUUGCUGUAUUUGCGAAAGAAACUGAAGUCAAAGUGCAGACGGGCUUACACAGUCGUGCUGAGCUGACUGGAGAGAAGCUUGAUCAACAUACUGCUGAUUCUCUGAGCUCAGUGGAAUGGACCAAACAAAAUGGGUCAAUAAUAUGUCAAUGUUUUAGGACAAAUACCACAUUCAGUGCUGCAUACAGUCAAUGCUGUGGCACAGCUCAUUUCUAUUUAAACAAUAACAGCCUCAUUCUGGAGAACGUGACAGCAAAGGAUGAAGGAGUUUACACUGAAAAAAUUAUUAGAGAAAACGGAACUACAAAAAGCCUAAACUUUACAUUAAUUAUUCAGUACCCUCCAAGUGCAACAGAAAUUGUGGUCUCCUGGACCUCCAGCACAUCUGUGACUCUCAAAUGUGAAGUGAGCGGCUCAUUUCUGCAUCUGAUGUGGAAGAGAGAAGGGUUGCCUAUUCUAGAGAAACACAGACACUCAUUUAGUGAGAGCAACCAAACUCUACACAUCAGCAACAUAACCAGCUCCGAUUACGGGACGUACAGCUGUAUUGCUUCAAAUGCAUAUGGAAAAUCAGAAAAGCACACAUAUAUUACCGGUCAGAACUCAACAGUUAACCGAGGAAACAGCGCUGGUGGUAAAACUCAGUCUGAUCAGAUUGUGCUUUCAAGUGGACUUACACUUGCAGCAGUUUUGGGACUGUGCAUCGUGUUCUACUGCCUUUACAAAAACCAUCACAGGCAAAGAGCAGAAAAUGGCAGAACUACAGAUGAAGGGGGUGCAGACAAUGACCAUGGUAUUUAUCAGGAAAUACCUGUCACUGAAGAGGUGACUCCUUUACCGUACGUCUACACAGACUUCAUCAAGCCGAAAGAGAGCAGUCAGGCCUCCGCUGCAGCGCAACACUUUGAGGACUUUGGUUACUCUGAGGUCGGACCCACAUGCAGGGAGGAAACAGUCGUUCUAGAUGAACGUGUGUCUAAUGAACAGUCCACAGCGUGUCCUGAUGCUGGAGAGGAGUAACAACUGAUAUAAGAGACUACAAAACAUGUUGGAGUAAAAACAGCGAAUACUAACACACGCUUUCAUGUUCCUGAAUGUUACGUCCUGAUCAACCACUAGAGGGCAGCAAAAACAGCUGAAAACACAAAAGGUGCAAAGCUGUCAUCGGAGUGGCAUCAAUGUACAAAAGUUAAACGGUACAACCAUGUACCUUAUUUACACCUAAAUGAUGCAUAUUAAUAGCUUAAAUGUAAAUAUUAAUAUUAAUUAAUAGUACAUGAUAAUACCUAAAGUAUACAUAUUAGUAUCUUUUUAAUGGCCACCGCAUCUGACAUAUUUUUUUUACUUUUUUUUUUUUUUUUUGUCCUGAGACUGUAGCAGCUCUACCAUUUUUAACCAUGAUGGUUUCCGAUUAUUACAGACACAGAAACAACAUUUUUGAUGGACAAAUCAUCUUCAUGAUUACUGUUACAUUCAAUAGGCUAAGCAUCAUUCUGAAAAAUAACAAAGUGUUUUCUCUUUUGCACUUGGCACUGGAUCAAACAUAGCAUGAACACAUUAUACAGACUUGAUAAGUACAUAAUAAAAGGACUUCAUUAAGUACUUCAGUGUCUUGCAAUAAUGUCAAGGAAACAAUGUUUGAAGUGACACAUAUGCACACUGUGAGAGGUCGUAAGUGUCCACCCUACUCAUUAGUGACUGUCAUACACAGUGAUUAGAUAAAUGACGUGUGCCUUUCAGAGCAAUUUGGAACGAAAGUGGUUUGUCUUGCAUGACUAACUCUGUUAAAGGUUCUGUAUAUAAAUUAUGACAUGUCAUGGAGUAAGCAGCAUUGAUGUUAAAAGGCAAAUCUAGAUGUCAGUAAAGAGGUGCACUCUCACAGUGCACAGUAAGAGACCAAAACAGGUCAAAGCAUUUGAGAGACAGCUGUCAGUCAUCUGUCUCACCAAUUCUUUCAUUUACAUUUUAAGAGUAGAGUACCUUCAUGUAUACCUAAUGUCUUUAGGUAUAAUGGAAUGUCUUUAUUUGGAUAACUCAAACAACCAGGAAUACAUACUGCAACAGGAUGCAAAGAAUUCUGUAGGUUCCUUUCUUUGUUUUUCCUUCAGA